AGGGCGAAGAUGACAGGCAGAAGAGGAGGGCUUAACAUAUGAUAAUUGUGUUAUCGACAGUAUGGACGACUCCUCCAGAACCAAAGGAGCAAUUACCUUGGUUUUAAUACUCCAAAAUACAUUGUUUAUCAUUCUUACGUAGCUAAAUGGAAUGACAGCGGAGUAAAUCUCACUUCAGGGAAACUACAUUUGGAGCUGUCCUUGUGUGCAGGUUGAGCUGUCACUGGAAUCUUUCAACUCAGAUGGGUCAGGCACUAUGGAGGCUGCCACCCAGACAACAGCAGCAGCUACAGGAAGAACUUGCCGGCCGACUUGCUGACAGUGGAGGAAUAAGACGAGAGCAAGCUAGGGAUGGGCAGCCACUGAGAAGAGUUCCCCAGCAAUGUUAUGGCCCUGAUAUAUACCAUCUGCUGAAAACUCGCAGAGGAGGUAAAGAGCAACAUGGUUUUAUAGAUUUGGAGAUGCUCCCACCAGAAUUAGGCAUAACCAUACUGUCGUACCUGAAUGCUACUGAUCUGUGUCUGGCCGGGUGUGUGUGGCAGGACCUAGGAAAUGAUGAAUAUCUCUGGCAGGGGCUUUGUAAGUCCACAUGGGGUCACUGCUCCAUCUACAACAGAAGGCUGCCUGCUGGUUUCUCAUAUAGAAGACUGUAUCUACAACUAGAUGAAGGCAGCCUUACAUUCAACGCAAACCCACAGGAGGGUAUCAGUUACUUCAUGUCUAAAGGCAUACUCGUGGAUCACCCUACAGAGCUGGCUAAGUUCAUCUUCUACACCCGACGGCUCAACUGGAAGAUGCUGAGGAUUUAUCUGGACGAAAGGCGUGACGUUUUGGAUGAGCUCGUGACCCUUCAUAACUUCAGCAAUCAGUUCCUUCCCAACGCUCUGAGGGAUUUCUUCAGACACAUUCAUGCGCCUGAGGAGAGAGGAGAGUAUCUGGAAACGCUCAUCACCAAAUUUAGCCACCGGUUUUGUAUCUGCAACCCCGGUCUUGUUCGUGAUCUGGGUCUGAGCCCUGACGCCGUGUACGUGCUGUGCUACAGUCUGAUCCUGCUGUCCAUCGAUCUAACCAGUCCUCACGUCAAAAACAAAAUGUCAAAGAGGGAGUUCAUCAGGAACACUCGCCGGGCGGCACAUAACGUCUCGGAUGACUUUGUGGGCCAUCUUUACGACAACAUUUACCUGAUCGGCCACGUGGCGGCGUAGCUCCACUCAGCAGCUGUCUGGUAAACAAAUCCUCACACUGCACCCAAGAGUAUGAACCAAUGCCUGGGUUCCUCCGCAUCUCUGGAAUGUUUGAAGAAAACACAUGCCUUCUAGGAGCAUACGAACAAACGACUUUAUUAGAUCAUUUACCGCUGCACUGUGGGAGAGACGAUGCUACCAAAAUGAUUUAUGUAAUAUUUGAAAUGUUUCAACUAAGCUAAGGCAGAGAAGGAUGGUUUGAAUUCCAACCAUAACGACAAGCUCUGGCACUGCACUGAUGCCCAAGUACUACUAAAGUGGUGGAAGGACGAAUCCUCACAACCUUUUCCCAAUGACCGUUCAGAAUCACUAACAGAACAUUUACGUUCAAGCAGAAUGUCAAAGCAUCAGCGACCAUUUUAGGAUCUCUUCUCAAGGCUGUUGAACUAGGAUGUGACUUAGGGUAGUCCGUGUACAGCUUGUAUCACAUUACGGAUUUACUAUCCUCUGAAAUAACUCAACACACAGCCACAAGUGUUAUUUAGAGUUGGCACCUAACCGUGCCUUAAACCUUUAGGGCAUGGAAUGACCACUGGUUGUUACUAAAGGGGCAAUAUACUAAUAUACUUUAUGCAGUAGUAUAUAGAGUGGGGAAACAAGUAUUUGAUCCUGUAUACCAACCACCAAGCAUUCUGACCCCCGCAGACCAAUUGUGUGUCCAUGGAGCACACAAAUUAUGAAAGUAGUCCUAAUCUCAACCCUCUAUACCAGGGGUAGGGAACCUAUGGCUCUAGAGCCAGAUAUGGCUCUAGAGCCAGAUAUGGCUCUAGAGCCAGAUGUGGCUCUUUUGAUCACAGCAUCUGGCUCUCAGAUAAAUCUUAGCUGACAUUGCUUAACACGAUAAGUAAUGAAUAAUUCCGCUGGUAAUCAGUGUUAAAAAUAACGUUCAGAAUAUAAAACAUUCCAUUGCAUCUUAAUCCAUCAAUCCGUUUUCUUCCGCACCUGUUCAUUAAUGGUAAGAAGUAUUUUAUUUAUUAUUGGUUAGAAUAACAAUGUUAUUAAAAAGAAUAAGAUACUUAUUAUACUCUAAAAAUGUUGGUCUUACUUAAAAAUGCACACAUUUAGUUUUCAGUGUUAAAAAAAUACUAUAUGGCUCUCGGAAAUACAUUUUAAAAUAUUUGGCUUUCAUGGCUCUCUCAGCCAAAAAGGUGCCCAACCCCUGCUUUAUAUGGACAAAAAUAGUCAAAAAAAAAGGUUUUUUUCGCUCAACCUCUCUCCCACCAUAGCGCAAUACUAAAGAACUGUCAAAUAACUGAAUGGAAUAGAUUAUAAACCUGCUCAAGACUGGAAUUGACUGUGAAACCAUCAGGAGGAAGCUGGUUGAGCAAAAGGGUUUGGGAAGUUAGACACCUGGAGGAUUCAGAUUGAGCUCGAGAGAAUGUGAUGUGGUCACAUGACACCAAAAUGGAGCUUCUUGUAAACAAAGGCACUCAAAAAUGUUUGGAGGCAGAGAAAUGCUGACUAUGAACCAGUGACAUGGAGGUAGAUACAUUUGCUUUGGGGAUGUUUCUUUGGCCAAAGUCCCUCCUGAGAUGUUUGCAACCCUGCUGACCAACUGCAAGAAACAUCUGACAAAAAUAUAAUCACUUGAUCAAAUAUUUAUUUUUUCUACUUUUCCCCAUAAAGAACUGUAGCUCUCAGCACUCAUGCCUCCACCACAAUUAUCUGAUUGUAGGUAAGAGAAAUUAAUGAUCAUUGUACUUAAUAGAUGAGUACACAAGCUGUACGUUGACUACUCUAAAAUGAUUAAUGUUCAAUUUGUUAGUAUAGUUCCUAGAGAAGAUAUACAGCGAUACAAAUACACUCUUUUGUGAGUAAGCAUGGCUUGAACUUAUCUUCCCACUAGGUGGUUUAUAAAAGAUAGUUUUUGUCUCAAAUUUAAACUGUAAUAUAGUUAAUUACUUUAAUCAAGCUGGUGUGUAACAAUGGGAUGAAACCCAACAAGAUACAUUUAUAUUAAUGACUAUCAACUGAAAAGCUAUUUAUAUAACACACAUUGGAGCUAGUUAAAGCUGCUAGUUGAAUACUUUGGAUGCAUUAUUGUGACACAGUUCACGAGGGAAAAAGUGAACACUAAAUUGUACAAUUUGGUGAUGGAUGUUAAUCUGCUUCAUCGAGAAGACGUCAGUUGUUUGAAAUUAUACUGACAAUUCCCGGUGGUUAUAAAUGCACUUUUUGACUAUAACAAAGAACAAUAUUGCUGCUUUAAUCCGGUUCAAAUGUAGUUCAGUUUCAUGGCAAAUGUUCACCAUGAACUAACAAAGUCAUGGAGACUUAAAUAUUUCACCAUCUUUACAAUGCAGUGUGUCAUUUUUUGUUCAAUACGGAAGGAGAUGGCCUCUUUAUUAAGGCAACACACAUAAACUUAGUUUAUGUGGUUUACAUAAUAUAUUAAUUGUUUAAAAACCAAACUCUUAACUGAGGAUCUUUCUUUAAAUGGUUGGUUUGGAAGGCCAUAGAUUAGAAAUUGACUUCUUAAUAACUAAGAGAGGUGGAACAAACUAGUCAACUGUAGCUUCUGUUAAUGUAAAUCAGGGGUGUCCAAAGUGCGGCCCGGGGGCCAUUUGUGGCCCGCAGCUAAUUGUUUACCGGCCCGCCACACAUUCUGGAAAUACUAUUGUAAAAAUAAAAAAGAACAUUAAAAAAAGUGGGAUGAGGGGAAAUCUAAUGAGAAAAAGUUGCAAUGUUGACACAAAAGCUGCCAUGCAGGCUGUUUUUUUUUCUUUUGUCUUUCUUCAUUUUUCUUUUUUUGCCAUUGCUCAAAAAAAAAAAAUCCAUGUUAUAAUGAAUUAUUUUCAGGGCUCCAAUUACUUCAAAUAUUUCACUUUAAAAUGUUUUAUGUGGUAAAUAUUGCAUAUAUUGUGUAGUAGCCAUAUAAAAACGUCAAAGUUUUCUUUGACAAAAGCGCAUAAAACAAACAAAAUAAUAGUUCCAGCAUAAAAUUGACAGAUAUAUCUGAAGUUGAUCUCGUAAUUUAAGUUUUGAAAGUAAAAGAAAAACCUAAUAAAAAUGUAUCUCUUUAUGAGUGGGGCACAUUUUGGAUCCCAAAUAUAUUUAGUGAUUUUUUAUUUAUCUUUUCACUGAUUACUCAAAAAUAUGAAAUAAUUAAAAUCAAUAGUGUCCUGCUUUAUUGAUCUUUUAGGGCUCUAAUUACUAAAUACUGCAUAUUUCAGUUUUACUAUAAAAAAACUAAGUUGUUUUUGACAGAAAAGCCAUAAAACAUUUUUUUAAAUUUGUAUUACGUUGAUAUAGAGAUUUACUGUAAGCGUUAAAUAAUUAAAAAAAAUAAUAAUGUGACUUAUUUUUAACAUUUUAAUGACUGGGACCCUUUAUGGUCCCCGGGACCCCUAAAGGUAAAAUUAAUAAAAAAUGCAUAUAUUUUGUUAUGGUUUGAAAAUGAAAAAUAUCAAAAUGGCCCCCACAUGCUUUAAUUUUUCCGUGUGCGGCCCUCAGUGGAAAAAGUUUGGACACCCCUGAUGUAAAUCAAAGGUGUCCAAAGUUUUGCAUAUAUAAAGAUAUAAGCAUGCCAUUAAAUUCGCCAUUUUGUUAUUCAAACGAGGUGCAUGUCAGCUUUGUGUUUGUAACAUUUCCACUUUUCCUCUUGAUAUUACACCUUUUUACACCCGCCCCAAUUGUUGAGCGGAUUUAUUUUCGGUAGUAAAAAAAACAAGCUGCAGGCAACACUUUGGACACCCCUGAUGUAGGGCAAUUAUUAUGAAGCUACUAGUGAAUUAUCAAUAAACACACUCGAUGUUGUUCCAAAGUUGUUUAACAUUUUUCUUUGAAUGUCGUUAUAUAUAUUUUUAGCUGCUGUCAUAACACUAAACGUUGCAUUUUGAAAUGUAAAUCCUAUUAGUUUUGUCCCUUUCUCACACCGAUGAAGGAUAGGUUGAAUAAAUU